AAAUUAUUGAUUUAGUAAUGCAGAAAGAUUGCAGGAGAGCAGGUACCGCGUCGUUGAAAUGACACCAAGUUCUCAAAAAAAAGUCAGUAAAAUUCGUACGAAAACUGUUUUUUAAGAUAGAAUGUGUUUCAAUUGUGUUUUUGAUAUUGCAGUAAACGAUCAUUAAAUGGGUAUUUUACAAGAUUUUGUAUAUUGUUUAACUCAUUGGUCAUUUGGGCUCUUCGUUUUAAUAAGUUUGGUAGCCUCAGAAUACACUGGUGCGGAAACGGUAAUAUGUAUUUUUGUCGCUGCUAUAGUAUCGAUCCUUUCGGGACUAUGUUCUUAUACUACUUCGAUACCGCAGGAACAAUACAGAAAAAAAAAGUUUACGGAUGUACUAGAAUUUCUGAUACUGUGGUUAGAUAUUUUAACAAAUUUAGUAGCAGCCGCUACGUGUGCUCGCCUGGCUAGUGCCACUGUGGAUUAUAUUAGCAAAGGGCACUUUCGAGAGUUCCUUUUCGGAAUGGAACAACAUUCCCUAGGAGAACCGUGGCCGGAUGUUUUAGGAGUAACCAUCAUUGUUGUGGUUACGAUUCUGUUCAUGUUGGGCCUUGAGGGAUCUCACACUAUAUCCGUACUGGUUAUAGUAACGUUAUUAUGUGGUUUUGUAUUUUUUACAAUUACUGGAAGCCUCUACACUGUGAUAAAUUUCAAAAAAUGGUGCGAAAGUUUUAAAGUACAUACAUUCAGAAGAGUUUUGAAAGCUGCGUCGAAAUGUUUUUAUGGAUUUGUACAUAUUUUUCCAAGAGUAAAUAGAAACGGAAGUGCAAAAAUGUUUGCAAUAAUUUUUACACCUCUGAUCAUUUAUACAACAACUGCAAUAAUAUUUUCUAUGAUGACACAUCAUAAAGAACUUGUUGGAACAGCAAUUCCACUUGUACAAAUUUUCGAAAGUCGUGACGUUGAUUGGGCACGACCAAUUAUAUCUGCUUGUACUAUUUUUGUGGUAUGUCUGUUAUUAAUACAAAUUUUACCAAUGGUUUACAAUGCUUUUGUUAAACUUGGCAGUAAAGAAUGGAGGAUUUUCGUACCGUCUAUUCAAUACAGAACUGUAAUGACGGGAGCUCCCAUUCUCGCUAUAUUUGCAGCAGGAAGUCUGUCUGCCAUAUUAGCCUUCGCUUGUCCACUAGCACAUUUAAUCAAACUCUUAAACACAGCAGCACUUCUUAAAUGUGCUUUGGUAUCCUGCCAGUUAGUUUAUAAUAGAUAUAAACCUGAGAUUAAUUAUGAUUGUUUAGUUCAUAACACCAACGUCCAGUACAGUAAACUUCAUGGAAACGGUGGGACACCUUUAAUAAGAAGUAAUUUUAACUUGUUGAAUAUCAAGGAGAAAUUGAGAAAUUGGUUCAAGAAAAAACCAUAUUAUAUUCAUAAGCUUGGCUCUCCAAAAAACAUCACACAAAAAUUAACCACUAGAAGAAGAAGAAUUGAAGAACGAGAAUGUCUUCUUCUAGACGAUUAUAGCAUUAAUACGUUAACAGUAGAUCCUGCUGAAGAUACUGCUUCAGAAGCUGGUGAUGAAUCAGUGGCUGGUACUGAUGAUGAAAAUUCUGGUAGCUCUACUGACAUUGAUAUUGUAGUGGAAGAAUAUAAAGAAGGUUUAAAAGUUGCAACUGUUGGAAAAUUUAACGAAAAUAGACGAUCUACAAGAAUAACCUCAUUGAUCGUGGUGAUUUGUAUAAUUGUAAUAAUAAUAUCGUCGAUUUGCUUGGCUCUAUACUGCCAAAGAAUUUUAAACAUAUAUUGGCCAAGCAUUUUAGGUCUAUCCAUAUCAAUUAUAAUUAUAACAGCGAUGCCUCAAAAUAGCGCAGACAAAUCAAAAGAAGCAAUUUUGCCGUCCAUUAUAUUUCCUUUAUGUAAUGUAUCUACUGUCGCACUUAGUAUUAGUCUAGCAUCUACAAUAUUUAUUGAUAUUUGGCAGGGAAUAGUUUUUUGGUCUCUAGCAGGUUUACUACUUUUUUGGCGCUGCGAUUGCUGCACCUGUGAAGGACUAUUUCGAAGUCCGAAAAUACAUAAUCAAGUUAACAUAACACCAAACACUUCGAUGACUGCUGAAUGCAAUUUUAAGGAGCGCAUGAUGCCCGUACCUGUAACAGAUACUAUUUACAUCACUAGAUGACACGACGAUUAUUUGGAUGAUGAACUUAUUAUCUCUGAUUCUGAAGAAGAUAUUUAAAAGAAAAAUAUAUAUUAGAAUGUAAAGUUGUAGGCGAUUCGUGGGCAAGUAGUAAAAUAUUUUUUUCGGCUAAAUAACUGUACAUUAUCACUGUAACUUAGCAAAAAACAAGUCACUCUAUAAACAAUUUCAUCAAAUUACUUUAUAUCCAUUAUAUCAAGUUAUAAAAUUACUCAUUAACAAAUUACUAGGUUCUCAUUAAUAUUUAUUUUUUUAUACUUUAUAACAGUAAUUUCUUAACUAUGAUAAACUUUAUUUCCUUAUUAAAUUCAAGUGACAUCUCUUGAUAAAUAUACUACUAUUGACGUCGUUGAAUCUGUAAAAUUCUUCUUCUUUAAAAGAUUAAAAAUUCUAACUCUUCCUUCCUUAUUCAUCCUUGAAUCCGUUUGCCUAAUUCGUGAGUACGGUUAUUCAAUUUCAGAAAGACCGUUGCAUUGCUAUCCACUUAGGAACGCGGAGCAUUACCUUUACCUACCUACUCCACGUUCAAAAUUAGUUGAGGGCUCAAUAUUUUACAAUGCAAAAAAAACUGAACAAUCACUUGCUAAUUGAAAUCAAAUCGAUAUCAUAUUUUCCCGCAUUCACUUCUACUCUUAAUAAUAUUCUUUAAAUACGGGCAUGCUACAUAUUGGUUUAAUUUUUGCUAUGGACUUAUAAACUAAUUAUUACCUAUAACUUUGUUCCUCAUUGUGGUUUUGUUCUGUAUAUUGAAAUUUUAUUUUAUUUGUAUAUUUAUUUAGCUAUUUUUAUGUGUGUUUUUUAGUUUUUACAGGCUUUUGUCUACAAAUUGUAACAAUUUUUUGACAAUAAAGCAUUUCUCUCUAUAUAUAGUUCGAGACAUUGCAAGAUGUUUAGCAAAUAUUUUGGUAACUGCAAUUAGAUAUAUUACUUAUUGUGGAAGUAAUUAUCAAAAAUACUAGAUAAUUAAUGGUGAUCUUCCAAUUAUUUUUUGUUAUAUUUCUUAAAAAUAUGUUACGUUGUGGCCUAUUUAAAAAUUUUAUAUAAAAAUUAAAUUAUUAUUUUGGUAGUUGAUGUUCAUUUGGGGUUAACUUAGUAAUAGCAAAUAAUAUUAUCUAAAUAUAUGUUAUUGGUGCACUAUAUUCUUUAUGUUUUUAUAACUAAUCAUUUCAGAAAUAUAUUAUGAAUAUUUGAAAUAUUAUUUUUUCCAUACGAAGUUUACUUAUGAAAUGUAUAGAUUGUGGAUUAAACGUCUCAUAUUUUGGUUUUUUGCUACGUUAAAGUAGAAUCAGCGAGACUUGAUUUGAAUCGCCUAUCAAUGCAAUUGUUGGAGUUGAAAAUGGGAUUUGUUUUAUAUACUUAGUUUCACAUUCAAUAAUAAAUAUAAAAUUGUUGAUAGUGAUGAAUAAUUAUUGAUUACAUUUAUCUUUGUGAAAUAAAGUUUGCUUUAUUUUU